CACCAUGAGGAACAUCUUCAAGAGGAACCAGGAGCCCAUCGUGGCUCCGGCCACCACCACGGCGACAAUGCCCCUUCCCGUUGGGCCUGGAGACAACACCACCGAGAGCGAGGGUGCUGGGGAGAGUAAAGAGGACAUGUUCGCCAAGCUGAAGGAGAAGUUCUUCAACGAGAUCAACAAGAUCCCUUUGCCACCCUGGGCCCUGAUCGCCAUCGCUGUGGUCGCUGGCCUCCUGAUCCUCACCUGCUGCUUCUGCAUCUGCAAGAAGUGCUGCUGCAAGAAGAAGAAGAACAAGAAGGAGAAGGGCAAAGGCAUGAAGAACGCCAUGAACAUGAAGGACAUGAAAGGGGGUCAGGAUGAUGAUGAUGCCGAAGGAGGCCUGACGGAGGGAGAAGGGGAAGGGGAGGAGGAGAAGGAGCCAGAGAACCUGGGCAAGUUGCAGUUUUCUCUGGACUACGAUUUCCAGGCCAACCAGCUCACAGUGGGCGUUCUUCAGGCUGCUGAGCUGCCUGCCCUGGACAUGGGAGGCACUUCCGACCCGUACGUCAAAGUCUUCCUCCUUCCAGACAAGAAGAAGAAAUAUGAGACCAAAGUCCAUCGGAAGACACUGAACCCUGCCUUCAACGAAACCUUCACCUUCAAGGUGCCGUACCAAGAGCUGGGAGGCAAAACCCUGGUGAUGGCCAUCUACGACUUUGACCGCUUCUCCAAACACGACAUCAUCGGCGAGGUGAAGGUGCCCAUGAACACGGUGGACCUGGGCCAGCCCAUCGAGGAGUGGAGAGACCUGCAAGGUGGAGAGAAGGAGGAGCCAGAGAAGCUGGGAGACAUCUGCACCUCCCUUCGCUAUGUGCCCACGGCGGGGAAGCUCACUGUCUGUAUCCUGGAGGCCAAGAACCUGAAGAAGAUGGACGUUGGAGGCCUUUCAGAUCCCUACGUGAAGAUCCACCUGAUGCAGAAUGGCAAGAGGCUCAAGAAGAAGAAGACGACGGUGAAGAAGAAGACCCUGAACCCGUACUUUAACGAGUCCUUCAGCUUCGAGAUCCCUUUCGAGCAGAUUCAGAAAGUGCAGGUGGUGGUCACCGUGUUGGACUACGACAAGCUGGGCAAGAACGAAGCCAUUGGCAAGAUCUUUGUGGGCAGCAACGCCACAGGCACGGAGCUGCGGCACUGGUCCGACAUGCUGGCCAACCCCCGGAGGCCCAUCGCGCAGUGGCACUCGCUCAAGCCCGAGGAGGAGGUAGACGCACUUCUGGGCAAGAACAAGUAGGCAGCGGCUGGGACCCCGCUCCCUUCACAGACACUGACGAGAUCCAGAGCUAUCAAUACCUCAGUUAUGCAACCUUAGAGGUUUUCUUUUUUGUUUGUGGUUGUGUCCUUGGUUUUCCUUCUCUUUUCUCUUUUUAAAAGACCAACUUCCCUCUGAUGGCUGUGUGAGGAGAGUCCCCUAAGAGGUGAAAGAGAAGCUUGGCUCUUUUCCUGGCCCCAGGCGCUGCCCUUGCUGCAUGGCCUGCCACCUCUCCCUUCAUUCUCUCUAAGUUCCGCUCACACCUCACCCUGAGUGAGGGCCUCUGCUGGCAGAAAGUUGCAGCUCUUCCUAUUUUUUGAGUGCUCUGGACUGACAAAAUGGCAGCACAUGCUGUAUCCUGACAGGGAAAGCAAUGCGGUGGCCAAUAAUUCCUAUGUGUGUGUGUGUGCGUGCGUGUGCGUGUACGCGUGCG